UGCAUCAGCGUGCGCUGCGGCGGCGGAGGCGGAGGCUUCCAGCGGAAGAAAUCCGGCGAUCGGAGGGGAUCGGAGAAGCUGUCGGAGCUGCUCAAGCAGCCGGAGUGGUGGGAGGGGGAUGAGGAUGUGAGGAGGAAGGAGGAGUCGCUGCAGUGCUUGAAGAAUGUGGCGAGGAAGCUCCAGGUGGAGGAGACAAUGCUGGAGGGGGCGGCGGAUGUGCGGAGGCUGACGAAGGACGAUUCCGGCGCCCGCACCACGCUCGCGCUGCUCGGAGUGAUUCCGCCGCUUGUUUCUCUGUUAGACGGCGGAGAUCUGUGUUUCCGAUCUCAGAUCGCGGCGAUGUACGCCCUGCUCAACCUCGCCAUUGGAAACGACGCGAACAAGGCGGCGAUUGUGAAGGCAGGCGCGGUGGAUAAAAUGGUGAAGCUGUGCGAAUCCGGCGAUUCCGCCGUCGUCGAAGCGGCGGUGGCGAAUUUCCUAGGGCUAAGCGCGCUGGACUCGAACAAACCGAUCAUCGGCUGCUCCGGCGCGAUUCCUCUUCUAGUGGAGGCUCUGAAAUCGGAUCAGGCUCAGCCGCAGCAGGAUUCGCUCCGAGCGCUGUACAAUCUCUCAAUCGCACCUUCAAACAUCGCCGCAAUGGCGGAAACCGACCUGAUUCCGUUCCUCUUCGCCAAAAUUGGGGAAAUGGAGAUGAGCGAGCGGAUCCUCUCCAUCCUCGGCAACCUCGCCUCCGCCUCGGAAGGGCGGAAGCGAAUCAGCCAAGUCGCAGACGCAUUCCCGAUCCUAAUGGACGUAUUCAACUGGAUCGAUUCCCCAAUCUGCCAGGAGAAAUCGAGCUACAUUCUGAUGGUGAUGGCUCACAAGUCCUACACCGAUCGCCAAUCGAUGAUCGAGGCCGGGAUCGUGUCGGCCCUCCUCGAGCUCACGCUGCUCGGGAGCACGCUGGCGCAGAAGAGGGCGUCGCGGAUGCUGGAGAGCUUCAAGGGGAAGGGGAGCGCCUCGGCCCCGCUGUCGGCCUACUCGGCCGCCUCUGACCACGAGGCGGCCGAGGUGGCGAUGGAGAUGAGCCAGGAGAGCAUGGCGGUGAAGCAGCUGGUGCAGCAGAGCUUGCACAGCAACAUGAAUCGGAUGGUGAAGAGGGCGAAUCUGCCGCAUGAGUUUGUUCCGUCGCAGCAUCUGAGGUCGCUCACGGCGAGCUCUACUUCGAAGAGCUUGCCGUUUUGAUGGUUUUGUGCAAUAUUUUGAUUAACUUAGGUUGUUUUUUUCAUUUGUAUGUUGCACUUGUUUUUGCAUAUUUUGACUUAGAUGGUAAGUAAUUUAGUAGUACUAGUGUUAGUGGCAUCGUUUUUGAAGUUGUGUUUGCAAUGUUAAUUAUUGGAAUUUCAUGUUCUUAGUAUAUGCAAAAUUCAAUCGGGCCA